GGGCGGGGCGCGCGCGGCGGGCGCGGGAAGCGGCGGGCGCGGAGGGACCGGGAGGGACUGAGGGGAUUGAGGGGGUCUGAGGGGAUUGAGGGGGACUGAGGGGUCUGAGGGCGCCGAGAGGCACUGAGGGGCACCCGCCGCCGCCGCCAUGCACGUCGUGAAGCGAGACGGCCGCCAGGAGCGGGUCAUGUUUGACAAGAUCACCUCACGCAUCCAGAAGCUCUGCUACGGCCUCAACGCUGACUUUGUGGAUCCUGCGCAGAUCACCAUGAAGGUGAUCCAGGGGCUGUACAGCGGGGUCACCACGGUGGAGCUGGACACUCUGGCCGCAGAGACCGCGGCCACGCUGACCACCAAGCACCCCGACUACGCCAUCCUGGCCGCCCGCAUCGCCGUCUCCAACCUGCACAAGGAGACCAAGAAAGUCUUCAGUGAUGUGAUGGAAGAUCUCUACACCUACAUCAACCCUCACAACGGGAAGCACUCCCCAAUGAUCUCCAAAGAGACUCUAGACAUAGUUCUGGCCAACAAAGAUCGCCUGAACUCCGCCAUCAUCUAUGACAGAGACUUCUCCUACAACUACUUUGGCUUUAAGACUCUGGAACGCUCCUACUUGCUGAAAAUCAACUCCAAAGUCGCUGAACGUCCCCAGCACAUGCUGAUGAGGGUGUCUGUGGGCAUCCACAAGGCCGACAUCGACGCUGCCAUCGAGACCUACAACCUGCUCUCGGAGCGCUGGUUCACCCACGCCUCGCCCACGCUCUUCAACGCGGGCACCAACCGCCCCCAGCUCUCCAGCUGCUUCCUGCUGUGCAUGAAGGACGACAGCAUCGAAGGCAUCUACGACACCCUGAAGCAGUGUGCCCUCAUCUCCAAGUCUGCCGGGGGCAUCGGCCUUGCCGUGAGCUGCAUCCGUGCCACGGGCAGCUACAUCGCUGGGACAAACGGGAAUUCCAACGGGCUGGUUCCCAUGCUGAGGGUCUACAACAACACUGCCCGCUACGUGGAUCAAGGUGGAAACAAGAGACCUGGGGCUUUUGCCAUCUACCUGGAGCCGUGGCACUUGGACAUCUUUGAGUUCCUGGACUUGAAGAAGAACACAGGGAAAGAAGAGCAGCGAGCCAGGGACCUGUUCUUUGCACUCUGGAUCCCUGAUCUCUUCAUGAAGCGAGUGGAAACCAACCAGGACUGGUCCUUAAUGUGCCCAAAUGAGUGUCCAGGCCUGGAUGAUGUCUGGGGAGAGGAAUUUGAGAAGCUCUAUGAGAGCUACGAGCGGCAGGGCCGCGUGCGCAGGGUGGUGAAGGCCCAGCAGCUCUGGUACGCCAUCAUCGAGUCCCAGACCGAGACUGGCACCCCCUACAUGCUCUACAAGGACUCCUGCAACAGGAAGAGCAACCAGCAGAACCUGGGCACCAUCAAGUGCAGCAACCUGUGCACCGAGAUCGUGGAAUACACCAGCAGGGAGGAGGUGGCUGUGUGUAACCUGGCCUCCAUCGCCCUGAACAUGUACGUGACCCCCGAGCACUCCUACGACUUCAAGAAGCUGGCUGAGGUCACCAAGGUCAUCGUCCGAAACCUCAACAAAAUCAUUGAUAUCAACUACUACCCUGUGCCAGAGGCCGAGCGCUCCAACCGGCGGCACCGGCCCAUCGGCAUCGGCGUGCAGGGCCUGGCCGACGCCUUCAUCCUCAUGAGGUUCCCGUUCGAGAGCGCCGAGGCGCAGCGCCUCAACCAGCACAUCUUCGAGACCAUCUACUACGGGGCCCUGGAGGCCAGCUGCGAGCUGGCCCGGGAGCACGGCCCCUACGACACCUACCAGGGCUCGCCCGUCAGCAAGGGGAUCCUUCAGUAUGACAUGUGGAAUGUCACCCCGUCUGACCUUUGGGACUGGAAGGCUUUGAAGGAGAAGAUUGCCAAGUACGGUGUGAGGAACAGCCUCCUCAUCUCCCCCAUGCCAACGGCCUCCACUGCCCAGAUCCUGGGCAACAACGAGUCCAUCGAGCCCUACACCAGCAACAUCUACACCCGCAGGGUGCUCUCGGGGGAGUUCCAGGUUGUGAAUCCCCACUUGCUGAAGGAUCUGACGGAGAGGGGCCUGUGGAACGAGGAGAUGAAGAACCAGAUCAUCGCCCACAAUGGCUCCAUCCAGAACAUCCCUGAGAUUCCCGAUGACCUGAAGCAGCUCUACAAGACUGUGUGGGAGAUCUCCCAAAAAACCAUCCUGAAGAUGGCUGCAGACAGGGGGGCCUUCAUCGACCAGAGCCAGUCCCUGAACAUCCACAUCGCCGAGCCCAACUACGGGAAGCUCACCAGCAUGCACUUCUAUGGCUGGAAACAGGGCCUGAAGACUGGCAUGUACUACCUGCGGACAAAGCCGGCUGCCAACCCCAUCCAGUUCACCCUCAACAAGGAGAAGCUGCGGGAGCGGGAGAAGGCGUCCAGGGAGGAGGAGGAGAAGGAGAGGAACAAGGCAGCCAUGGUGUGCUCCCUGGAGAACAGGGAGGAGUGCCUGAUGUGUGGCUCCUAAGGGAUUGCCCACGGCUCCUGGCUGGAGCUGCAGGGACAGGAGCAUCUGGAGGAAUGUCAGGAUGCUGGGGGCUGGGGCUGGGAGGGGGUGGUGUAGCUUCCCCAUCCACAGGGAUGGGCUGAUUCUGCUUUAGUAGCUGGGCUUUCCAGGGGUUUCAGCACUGGCGUGGCCUUCCACAGCACCCUGCAGGCGGGACUGGGCACAGGGAGGUGCUGGUGGCACUCACAGCUCUGUCCUGGGCACUCCAGGCCGUGCCUUGCAGUCACCAGAGACUGCUCCUCUUGUGCCAGGGAGCAGCACAGGCUGGGCCCUUUUCCCUGCUGGGAAUGCCCCGGGUAGGGGUGGUCAGUGUCUGCCAGUGUCCUGCUGACACACCUGCAGCGUCCCCACCCUGCCAGAGCCUCCUCGUCCCACUGCUGCUCCCUCUCCUCUGGCCUUUCCAGAACGCCUUUGGAAGGAGCAGAUGGGUGGCAGGGGUGUUGCUUCCUGUGCUCUUCUCCCUCAGCUGGCCAGGACAGCCUGGCACGGGCUGGUGUCCUCCAGUGGGGACAGAAAGGCAGAGCUGCUGCCCUGCAUUUUGUUCUGCAUUAAAUUCACUGAUUUGAUCUAAUUGCUCAGGCAGUUUCCUGCCAGGGGUGCCAGUGCUGUCCUUGGCCACAGGUCAGGUGCCAUUUUGUGAGGGCCACAUGCCAUUGGUGAAGAUCACCUGCCACCUCUUUUCAGGGAGAUCCACUUCUCCACCCCAGGUAGUUCUUAGAUUUUCUAAACCUCUUAUCUAUUUACUGCUCCUGUACUCACUCCCUGCUCGAACUCAGUGGGGUUUCAGGCAGUCCUGCAGUAUUUAUUGAACUCGUGAACCACACCCCACCCCGAGAACUCAAUAAAAGGAAUGUGGAAGGAA